AUGCAAUCCACCUUAUAUGUUGCUUCCAAUUCCCUUCCUCAUCCUCACUUACCAUGGAAACCUCAAAAACCCCGCAUUCUCACACUCCAAACACUCAAACUCUCUCUUAAACCAUUAACUCUCUCGAACUCGUUAAAAACAUUAUUCGGCUCCGAAUUCGAAGAUGAAAAACUCGAUAAACAAGACCAACCAACUAUUCUUCUUCGUCUUCCUGUCGUAGUUCGCAAUUCUGGUAGUGUUUCUCGCUACUUAUGGGACGGAGAUGACUUGAAAUUGGUUUCUGUUGACGGAAGUGCAAGGUUUUCGUUGUCGCCGUUUUCUUUAGAUUUCGAAGAUGGGUUUCGGAAGUUGGUUAGAGGGUGUGUUUCGGGUAUAAGGAAUUUUUUUCUUCCGAGGGAAGUGAGUGAGAAUUAUUUGGAGUAUGUGAAGUGGAAAUUUUUGCAUAGAGUCUUCAGUUCUGCACUGCAAGUUCUCGCAACCCAGGCAAUGUUUCGGGCAAUUGGAAUUGGAUACUCGCGUUCACUUGCAUCAGCUGCUGCCCUGAAUUGGGUUUUGAAGGAUGGGCUUGGACGCCUUAGUAGAUGCAUAUAUACUGCUAGCCUAGCGUCUGCUUUUGAUACCAAUUUGAAGAGAGUUAGGUUCUCAACAUCGGUUCUGUUCAGUUUGGGCAUUGGAGUUGAGUUGCUGACUCCUGCAUUUCCCCAAUAUUUUUUGCUUCUCGCAUCUGUAGCCAACAUUGCAAAGCAGAUAAGCCUCGCGUGCUACCUGGCAACUGGUACUGCUGUUCACCGAAGCUUUGCAAUAGCAGACAACCUCGGUGAAGUUUCUGCCAAGGCUCAGGAUAGGCUUGAGAUUAUAAUGAACAUAUGGAUUCAAUUGGGAUAUGUCCCUUCACCUGCAGAAGUGAGUAAAGAGGAAGGUAUUGACUUCUUGCGGAGUAAAGGCAGGGAACUAUGGCCUAUCAGAAUUGGUUGCCCAAAUCCCAGGGGUCAAAUUGCAAGGCUGUCGAUGAUGACAAUGCGAUCUCUGAGUGAUGAGGAUUUCUACUUCAUAUGCAUCGAGAAUUUCUGCCAAGGAUUGAGUAGAAGUGGACAACAAGGUAUUCUUCUCUGUAUGCGGGAAGGGGCAGGGACUUCAGAUGUCAUCAUGGGUCUGUUGCAGGUGUGUUAUGUCCGUAAAGGGCUCCUAUAUAACAGGAGGGACAAUAUUUUAGAAGCUUGUGACAACCCAGAUUUUGUUUUCAGAGACUGGUUUAAAUUGAUUGAAGAUAGCAAGCGGUCUGCAAGAAAUGAUUUUAACCUGAUAAAUGAACAGAUGUUAGGAUUGGGAUGGGCUUGUAAACAUAUUCUAUUGAACACACAGGAGCAGGCUAGGUAUAGUUUUGUGGAUGACUGA